UUCCGGUCGAGGCGUCAGUCGCUCCCACAACACAGAAUAUGGCGACUAGCUCGGAUCGAAAUCCGCCUCCUUUCCCCGCUACAGAUGUGUCAAAACCCGGACUGUCUGACCUGCUUGACGGGGACAGCGACGAAGGCGAUGACAUUUUUGUCAGUAAUAGGACCAGUCCACUCUUUGUGAGUCGAGGAGUCUCCCAGCCGGAGCGGGUCCGUGAAGAGCCUGCAGACCUGUUCAGCCAGGAGGAGGCCGGAACCGACACUGCCAGGUCAAACGGAGUCAACUCUGAUGACGACAAUGACCUGUUUGCGGAGGCACAAUCAGACCUCGACACAAACACCUCCAGCAGCGCCGUGCAGCCACAUAUCUCCUCUUCCUCUGGUCCUCGGCCCGCCUCCUCGUUCCAGCAGAACCCCGCCGCUAUGCAGCACACCUCCUUGGAGCAGUUAGAGGAAGAAGAGGCCAAGGACAGCUUCGAUGUGGACGUUGCUGUCACAAACCCGGAGAAAGUCGGUGAUGGGAUGAACGCGUACGUGGCCUACAAAGUCUUCACCAGAUCUUCCUUGCCCCUGUUCAAAAGCAAAGCCUUUUCUGUGAGGAGGCGUUUCAGCGACUUCCUGGGUCUGUAUGAAAAGCUGUCGGCCAAACAGACGCUCCACGGCUGCAUCAUCCCUCCCCCGCCAGAGAAAAGUGUCGUAGGAAUGACUAAAGUGAAAGUGGGAAUGGACGACCCGUCGUCUGUGGAGUUUGUGGAGCGAAGAAGAGCAGCUCUAGAGAGGUAUCUGCAGAGAGUGGUUUCUCAUCCGUCUUUGGUGCAGGACCCAGACGUCCGGGAAUUCUUGGAAAAAGACGAUCUCCCCAGAGCGGUGAACACCCAGACUCUCAGUGGAGCGGGGUUUCUUAAAAUGAUCAACAGAGCGUCUGAUGCGGUCAACAAGAUGACCAUCAAGAUGAAUGAAUCCGACACUUGGUUUGAGGACAAGCUGCAGGAGGUUGAAGCUGAGGAGCAGCAGCUGAGGAAGCUUCAUUCUGUGGUGGACUCCCUCGUCAAUCAUCGGAAAGAGUUGUGUGGAAACACGGCAAUAUUUGCCAAAAGCAUGGCUAUGCUGGGCAACUCGGAGGACAACACUGCGCUGUCGCGGGCCCUCUCCCAGCUGGCAGAGGUGGAGGACAAGAUGGAGCAGCUGCAUCAGGAGCAGGCGGCCAGUGACUUCUUCAUCCUUGCAGAGCUGCUUGCUGACUACAUCCGCUUACUGGGUGCUGUGCGGGGUUGUUUAGACCAGCGCAUGCGGGCGUGGCAGCGAUGGCAAGAAGCUCAGAGCACGCUUCAAAAGAAGAGGGAGACCGAGGCCAAACUGCUGUGGGCCAACAAACCCGACAAACUGCAGCAGGCCAAAGACGAGAUCACAGAGUGGGAGACGAAGGUCACACAGUACGAGCGAGACUUUGACAGGAUCGGAAUGACCGUGCGUAAGGAGUUCCUCAGAUUUGAGAAAGACAAAGCGAAGGACUUCAAGAGCCAGAUAAUCAAAUACUUGGAGGCGAUGAUGAAGUCUCAACAGCGGUUUAUAAAGUUUUGGGAGGCGUUCCUGCCUGAGGCGAAGGCGAUAGCUUAACGAAGGAGAUGGUCCCUUUUGAAGCGCUUUUUGAACACUUCGCUAGGAGCUGAGAGGACAAUGUAGAAACACACAAGAAAACUUUCAUCCUUUUAUUGCCUCCUAACUUUGUAUUGUCUUCUUGUACAGAACUUUUGAUAAUAAGCUGUCACUCUGGUUCGGACACCUUUGACCUUUUUGACACUCAAUUUAAAGACUAUUUCAUGAGAUUAACUUGAGCACAUAGUGUGUUAAACUCACAGUCAUGUCAUUGUGGUAUUAAUGUUUGUUACUUGAAGCAGUGUAUGGAUGUCUAACGAUGAAGGUCGCAGUUUUUUACACGGGGGCCGUCACUCCACUAAUGCUACGUACACACCAGGAAUGUCCCACACGGUCAAGAACAGGCUAAAUGCGCAUUUAACAUGCAGUGUUCACACACCACCCAACACUCACGCAUGUGCUUGCAGUUGGAAGAGGCUUAGUGGGAAAUGUUGAGGCGGUGCAAAUACCAGACUUUUUCUUCCACAGCUCUAUUCCGAUAAAUGUAAGACUUGGGGUCAUACAAAACCCAAUUAUUAAUUACUCCUCCAAUCAAAUUUUAAAUGGUUGGUACUUACUUGAAUUACCAAAACCUACCAAAUCCUACUCCCUGAUUGGUUAAAGUUCAAGCGGUUUUAUUUUCAAUACGUGUUGAAUGGCUGCACGUUUUGUACGUAGAGCCCGAAGAUGUUUUUAAAAAUGUAUGUAGCUCCGCGAGAGUUUUGAACACAGAAGCCCUAAACACGCAUUUCCACACAUUUGCACAGACUUUUCAUUGGAAGUGGUCGCUUGAACAACGUAUGUUACCGACUCUGGUGUGAACGUAGCUCAGCAGGUGUAGUUGAUGGAUGCAUGUCAGGAGAUGGUGUGAUGUUCCAACCUGAAAAAACUUUCUUUGUAUGACUUUUGACGCCACUAAAAAAUGUGAUGAACCUUCAGAAGGUGAUUUUCCAGUCUAUUGUAGUUUACUCAGGCUGUUUCCUUGACAAAGAUCUCCUGAAAGUGCAGAACGAAGGUCAGAUUGUGAUAUAAGUUGAUGUGUCAGGUUGCAGUGAGUCACUAAUCUUUUUCUUUUUUUUUCUGUUAUGGCAUAUUUACAAGUAUCGCAAUUAUAGUAUUAUAAGUUGUGUUUUUUGUGUCCAGAAUAUAACUUGAAUCCUGCAGAGAUCCUGGACAUGGAUGCAUGUACAGACACUGUUGGACUUAUGAACUUUUUGAUAAGUUUAAUGUAGACAUGAAGAAGCAGAAAGUGUUGUGCUCCCUUAACUUUUUUUUUUCCUAACCAGCUUUGUACGUGUAGUUUUGUCGUGUCAUCUCAAUGUGAGAAUGUACUUUAUUUUUGUAACCACUUUGCAUUAGAAAAACAUUUUCAAAGAAAAACAAAAAGGCUCAGAAACGAU